AAGCUCUCUUUCCACCUUCAGAUUCUUCCGAAAUUCGCUCCUUCCCCCCAAAGUUACUUCUGGGUGCCCUUGACCGUCUUUGGGAGUAAUCCUCAGGAGCCAUAUGCCAGACCUGAUCCCUCAUUCCAGCAUAGGGAUCGUUGCCGCAUGUACCCUGGACUAUUGACUGGUAUCGGACAUCAUGGACCCACAAAAAGAAAGACCGGUCGUCCUUAAACAGCCAGAACAAACCGGCCUGCACCUUUCUGGUGUUUAUCUCCCUGAAGAACUGCUGGAGCGUGUUGCUAUGCAUGCUGCAUCCGACUUCGCCUCAGUCAAGCGGCUGCGAAAGACGUGCAAAUCCUUUGCUCGGGUUUCUGCUCGUUACGUGUUCCAUACCGUGCAUAUCGCACCGAUAAAAGAGAAUCUGGAGUGGCUCAUCACGAUUUCCUCUGAUGAGAGGUUGGCCAAAUAUGUCAAGAAAGUGGUCUACUCUCAUGGUUCCCUGCAGCAAUUCAAUAGUCGAAGGAAUUCGCAGGACUGUAUUAGGUGUUCAGCAGAAAUGAAGUAUCGAGACGACACCAUGCUUACCAUGGGAGAGGGAUCAUACGAACAUACAUAUGGGGGUAGGGUUCAGCCCGUGACCUACUGCCCGAUUUCACACCUGGAAUCCACGCAUGGGCCGGACAGUUCUGAUCAUCGAUACGGCGGCAACGCUCAACUCAGUUGCCUUCCUCACAGCCUAGCUAUGACGGGAAAACCGAACAAUGCAGACUCUUCUGGACGCACGACCGUCAGCAGUCCUUCUUCGAACGAGAGUGCUCAGCUUGUCUUUCAAAGCAUGAACCGUGAGGGUGAUGACGUGCCAAACCUGCCCCGAAUACACGGUCUUCUCGCGAGAAGUCCUGCUUUCAAAGUGUUAUCAGAGCUCGAAGUCGACCUUGACAGACUUUAUCCCGAGCGCGGCGCACGAUCAGUAUCUGCUCUUGACCAAUUGGCUCCAUUCUUGCUUGGUGUUUUCUCCUUGGAAACUCUGGCGAUUAGAUUGUCCCACGACAGUAGAUACGAUCUACUGCAGCAUCUUCUCUCGGACAACUCACGAAGCCUUCACACCGGAACUUGGCCACGACUUAAGGAAGUGGCGCUGGCCAGUUUUGAUACAACUGCGAAGCAUUUGUCAAUGUUCCUACAAUCGAUUGCACCAAGCCUACGGUCCUUGGAUCUCGCGUCGAUAAAUGCCAGGUAUACAGGUUCAGAUCUAUCAGUUCUUGUAGCGCUAAAAGACGUUCUCGUGGCGCUCCCAAAGAAUCUGAACUUGGAACAAGUGCAUCUGAGCCUUUUAACGGAACAUGGUGGCAUGGUUCUAGCGGGUAAACCUGCUGGUCGAAGUGGCACGCGCAUGGUGGCAGCGUCUUGUAUGUGUGAGGCUAGGCUCAGAUAUGAAAUGGAGCUCAACCACCGAGCCAAGCGAGAGUGCCACUGGAAAGCUUUCGAGGAUUACAUACUGCGUAGAACUGCGGUGGUGCCACAGUUUGACCUGGAUGCCUUCAUGAAAACGCACCAAGACUGUGGCGUGCGACGCUGCCAGGCGGGACGAGAUAUCUCCGGGUCCGAUGAAGACUCCGAGUCUAAUGAAGACUCCGAGUCUGAUGAAGACUCCGAGUUUGAUGAAGACUCCGAUUCUUUCUUUACGACUCUGGGUACUUGUUGCAAUUCGAUUAUGUGCAGAUUUUUAUCACAGUAGUCGCUCCUUGGUCGCUAUUUCGGAAUGACUUUCCCUUUCGUUUCUAAGGCCUCCGGGCUAUGCAGUACAUGAUAUCGGUCUCAGAGGAAUAUCAAUAGACAGCAUUUCAGUACCU